AUGCUGACUUACGACCGCGCCCCUGCCCUACAGAACGAGAUUGAAAACACCGCCGCAGAUAACGAUUCCGCCUACGGCUCCGACAGUGGAACCGCCUACACAGGCUCCAUCUCCUCUUCCAUUUUCCAUUACCAGUACGAGAAUGGCCGCCGCUAUCACGCCUACCGCGAGGGGCAGUAUGUCCUCCCAAACGACGACCAGGAGCAGGAGCGUCUCGAUCUGCAGCAUCACAUCUGGCGCCUGCUGCUCGGCGGCAACCUCUUUACCGCGCCCCUGCCAUCUCCCGACCACAAUGACGCCGCCGGCAUGCGCAUCCUCGACCUCGGCACCGGCACCGGCAUCUGGGCCAUAGAUAUGGCCGACGAGUUCCCUUCCGCUCACAUUUACGGUGUUGACCUCUCGCCUAUCCAACCCGAAUGGGUCCCCACCAACUGCAAGUUCCACGUUGACGAUUAUGAGGACGAGUGGACGUACCGUGAGGACGAGCGCUUCGACUACAUCCACGGCCGCGCCCUCAGCGGCACCUCGUCCGACUGGGCGAGGUUCUAUGACCGCGUUAUGGGCGGCCUCAACCCGGGCGGCUGGGUCGAGAUGCAGGAGUACGACGCCUGGAUCUUCAGCGACGACGACAGCUUUGACAGGGCCGUGUGGACCAAGGAGUGGGUCACCAAGCUGGACGAGGCGAGUAAACUGUACGGCAAGCAGAUCAACGUUGCAAAGUACCACAAGCAGUGGAUGAUUGAAGCCGGCUUCGAGGAUGUACAGGAGUUCGUGUACAGGAUACCUAUCGGUCCUUGGGCCAAGGAUCCGGCCCUCAAGGAGCUCGGCCGUUGCGAGUUGGCUCACAUGCAGAUGUCGGUUGAUUCGCACACGCCGGCUCUCUUCACUCGAGUGUUGAACUUCAGUCAGGAUCAGGCCAGAGUGCUGAUGGAGGGCGUCAAACGAGAGUUUAGGAGCAAAGACUUCAGGCUCAUCACGUCUUACCGCUUCAUCACAGGGAGGAAACCGAUUGCAUGA